AUAUAGAACUUAAUCUUUUGUGUUUUUAAAGCGGAUGUCAUGUUUUAAUACGAUUUUACCCUUAUUCAUAAUUAAUUUAGAUAUGAAAACAACUUUUUAGAGGAUUGAAAAUAUUUUAAUAGUUUUGAAUUGAAAAAUAUUGCUAGUCGGGAUGAUAAAGUUAUUAUUCUGGAUAAGUAUUGUUCUCUGUCACACUUGCUACUGCCAAAAAACCUAUAUUCGUAACUUUUACGAUAUUUCGAAGAAAGAUCGUACACUUUUUGUGUUCGAUAAAGAUAUAUAUUUUAGUAAAGCCAAUUUUGAAGCAAGAAACUAUGGCGAUAACUUUUGUGAAGGACAAAAUAGUAAUUUACCAAAAGCAACUAUAACAGCAACGGUCUUUAGUACCAGUUAUAUUUUAAUAUGUGGUCGAUCACAAACUAAUCAAAGUCAACAAAAUUGCAUAGUUUAUAAAUUAGACCAUCUGUCUUGUAAAAAAGUACAUAAGAAUCUUAGCAGAGAUUUGGAUUUUGUCCCACCUGAAGGAUUUUCAGUUUCUGUUGUAAGUCUUUUACAAGCUGAUGAUGAAAGGGUUUACAACUAUAAAUCUUAUGUUCCUUUAUCAACGAAUCAGUCGUUGAUCAAUUGCAUCAAGAAUAUAAUACCAUUUGUGUCGCCCAUUGAUUAUACUGACUGUGGUUCAAUUAGACCAGCUAAGAAUCUCGAAGGAUUUAAAUUGAAUCCCAUUUUUUCUGGAAAAUUUGGGGAGAAUUUGAUUAAUUUUAUUAUAAAUAGAAAUUUAAUUGAUAACAGUAAUAGAACUGUUACAGUUUUAUCAACUAUAUUACCCCACCACGGUUUAACUUCUUACAAUGAAAUGCCAUUGGAAUGUCAAGGUGAAACAAUAAAUGGAUUGGAAACUUUCAACGAAGCUAUCAUUGCUGAACAAAUCUUCUUUCCCAAGGAAAAGAAUUCAGCAACUGUAUUUAUGGUAUCAAAAAGUUCAUCAGGAACAAUGGCCCUUUGCAUAUUUCAUUUAUCUGAUUUAUUCAAAAUAAUAACGGAUACUAAUAGUAAAUGUGAUCGAGGAGAAAGUAUUUCAAAAUUAAGACAUAUUGAAAGGGUAGAUAAGGAGAAUUGUGUGAGUAUUAGUUAAAAGAUUCACAAAUUCUACUCGAAUAAGAUUUAUUAUCUUUCUUUAAAGGUAAAAACGAAAGAAGCAAUGUUUGAAUCAGCUACCGCAAAGACUAGUAAAAAAAAUCACUUUUUACUUUUGCCUAAGCAAAAAGCAGAUGAUGUGUUCAUUCUGGAGGAAAAUUUCAGACCAACAUCUAUAGCUGCCUUAAAUAUAACUGGAUUUCGUGAUAACUACUAUUUAGCUAUUGCAAAUGAAAAGAGCUUUAUUAACAUGUAUCUUUACAAUGGAAAGUCAAAGCAACUCAAAGGAUACAAAAAAAACUUGAAGACUCAUACUUUUAAAGCAACUGGUUUGAGAGUAUUUAACAAUAGAAAUACUAUUUACUUGUCUGCAUCAAUAUUUGAUUGUCAAUCGGAACCAUGUAUAUUUUCUCCAAUGAUAAUACCAUUUCCUGAUUGUCAACAAGAAAAAAUGUGCAUAAGUUGUAUACAAGCAUUUUGCCAUUGGAAUGAUAAUCCUAGCGUACCACCAGAACACAAGUGUGUUGGGAUAACUUCGAAAAACUCAAUUGACAAAACUUUCGCAAAAUCUCCUAAGGAUUGCGUUAAAGAUGCAGCUGUUAUACCAAGUGAAAUUUCUUUGAGGGUACCUCGAAUAAGUUUUGGUCGACAGAGGGAAAUGAUUUAUAAAAUAAAGUCUAAAAAUCAUUUAAAAGGAAUAUUCUGUAAUAUAAAGAGCUGGUGGUUAAGUGAAUUUAAUGGAACUUUUAUCUUUGAUAAAAAUAUUCAAAAAUGUAGAUUUAGGAGAAGAAGUCAAUUUUAUAGACUACCUCAGUUCAAUUCUAUUUUUUAUUAUAAUUUCACUUUGACAUUGCAUAUUUCAAAAACGGGAGAAAUUGUUAAGAAAUUUAAUAUACCAAUCUUUUCAUGUGGAAUAUUGAAAACAUGUGAAGAAUGUAUUCAGUAUCAAGAAUUAUGUUCUUGGUGCUCCUAUGCUGAUAAAUCUUAUUGCAUUGGAAAAGUUGAAGAUUCACGCGGAUGUACUAAAGGUCAACUUGUUCCUGAGAAACAGCCAAAUUUAAAAGUUUGCCCUAUACUAGAAGAAUCUGUAAUGCUAAAGAACAAAUCCUUCAUAUUAAAACCAAAUGAGGAUAUUUUACGAAUACCUUUAUAUUUAGCUUUGCAUCAAGUAGUCGACUUUUGCAAAUUAAGUAUUAAAGCUAACAUUUAUCGAAGCGAAGUUGGAAGUGACUUUCACAAUGGUUGCAAAUUUAACUCAAAGAAAAUUAAGGAAGAUUAUAUGAGUAUUAACGCAAAUGUUGAAGAUAUAAUGUCUGAUUAUAAAUUGGAAAUCUUUUUCUCAAAAACUGAAUUUAAAGUUUCGUCAAUAAUUGAACUAUACAUGUGUUCAUUUAUGAAAGGAUGCGAUAAUUGUUUAAAAAGACAAUGCUUUAUGACGGAAGAUAGCGAAUGCGUUGAUGAAGAUUUUGAUGAAUCUUAUAAUUGUAGUUAUAAUAUUACUGGCGUCCAACCUUCUAAGGCAUUAGCAAGCACUAAACUGAGUGUAAAAGUACAUGGAUACAGAUUAAAUUUUAUGAAAUUGUUAAAUUCGAUUAAAUUUGGCCAGUUUCGUUGUAUUGUUGAUCAAAACUCGAUUAAUUUCUAUUCAUUUAAUUGUACGGUUAACAUAAGCAGCUUUGGACCGUCUAAGGAAAAGAUUAAAAUUACGGGAAAUACUGAAAGUAAUAUCUAUUUGGACGUUCUCUCACCAAAAAGUGUUACAAUAACAUCAGUAUAUCCUGAAAAAAUCUCUAUAGCGCCUUCAAAAGUAUUUCUCCUUGGAGAGAAUUUAGAUACUGGUUCAAUUCUUGAAGUUUACUUAAAUAGUAGUUCAGUUAAUGUACUUAGCCGCAACAAUACUUGCAUAAUAUUUGAAACUGGUUAUACUAAUGUUCCUGGAAAUUACAAAAUUUUUAUAAAAAUUGAUGUAAAGUCUGAUCUUUCAUUUGAAAAAGUUUUAAAGAUUGUUAGACCUUUUAAAGAUUUACAAUUUCCAGUUGGAUUUUAUUCACCCUUUGAAGGUGGAUUAAGCCUUAAAUUGCAUGGAAACAAUUUCGAUUUAUAUAAAACAGCUUAUAUUAUUAUUUCAUCUCUUUCAUCCGAUUUUAAAAGCAAUGAAACAUGUAAAAUACAAUCAUCCCUAUUAGUUGAAUGUAAAACUCCGAUACUCGAUAGAAAAAUAUUGAUUCCUCGUGGUGGUCCUGACAGAGACUCUAGAAAAGAUAUUGGUGGUGGUAUUAAAAGCCCUUUAAGCAGAGGAAAGAGAAAUCUUGACAUUAGACCACCAGGAAGGCCCGGAAGACCAGGAAGAUCAGACAUAAAACAACUAAAAUUCGUUCUUAAAUUCGAUGAAAAAGUUAUUGUUAAUGAGAAUUUUAUGUUACGCUUCUAUAAACUUCCAGAAAAAGCAAUUCAACUGAAAGCAAAUAAAACUACUCUUCAUAUGCAAGAAUUUGACAUUCCUGAUACUUCAAAAUCAUUCAACUUUAAUAUGAAGUUGGAUGGUAAUUCACUUAAAAUGCUCAAAGCCGACCAAGAAUAUAAGCUUGUAAAGUUUAAAGUUUGCGAUGUAAAUUGUGACUUUAAUUACAACGAAGAAUUACCUUUUUGUUCUGUCGAUUUGGAGAAAAAUACUUUAAAUAGAACAGCCUUAAACGCUUGCUUUUUUUUGAUAUCUUGGGGAAGAUAUAAAAGUAAAUUACAAACUAUCAGAGUAAUAAAAAUACAAACGAAACAGCCUAUUAAUCAAAGUUCAAGUAAGAUUGGUCUAAUAGUUGGUCUAAGUGUUGGUUUUCCAGUUAUAUUAGCUAUUGUAAUAGCUGCUGUUAUUUUAUUACGAAAGCGUCAAAAACCUUCGUACAGGAAACCUUCUCCGAAAAAGAGACAUUAUAUUAAUAAACCUAAGAUACCUGGUUUGGCAGAUUUGGAUAUUUAUAAUCGUAAUUCAAGACGAGAAACAAGAUUUCAAAAUCCAAACUAUUCAGAACAACAACAUCCCUUAAUGAAACCUAACUUAUUACCACCUUUGAUGGACGAUAUUGAUGACGAUCCAGGUUACAUUUCGGAAAUAUCUAAUUCUCAAAAACGAAUGCAAGAAAUGAUUAAAAAUGUACAAGUUCCAAAAGAAUUAAUUAAUUUAAAAGAUGAAAUUGGAAGAGGUCACUACGGUGUUGUCUACGUUGCCGAGUUAAAAGAUAAAGAUGAUCAGGAUAAUGAAAAAAAGAUGAGAAAAGUUGCAAUAAAAAUGUUGUUUGGUGAUUUUGAGAAAGAGGAUUCACUAUCGCAAAGUUUAUUGAGAGAAGGAGCCAUAAUGAGCCAGUUUCAUCAUCAGAAUGUUUUGUCUUUAAUAGGAGUAUCUUUUUGGGAUUACGAUACACCAAUGAUUAUUAUGCCUUUUAUGGAAUUAGGAAAUUUAAAAAAUUAUAUCAAGCAUAAAGAUCGAACGUUCUAUUUAAACCAAUUAUUAGGCUAUGGCGAACAAAUAGCAAAUGGUAUGGCCUAUAUCUCUAGUUUAAGAUUUGUUCAUAGAGAUUUAGCAGCUAGAAAUUGCAUGAUUGAUAUGGACGAAGUAGUUAAAGUAGCUGAUUUUGGUCUUUCUGAAGAAAUAUAUAAGAAUCCCAAAAAGAAGAGAAAAGAUAAUUCGUCAGGAGAAUUGAAGUUACCUGUUAAGUGGAUGGCCAUCGAAGUUUUAGAACGUAUGGAAUUCACAUCGAAAUCGGACGUUUGGUCUUUUGGCGUAUUACUAUGGGAAGUACUUCAAAGGGGUCAAAUACCUUAUAAAGAUAUAGAGAAUAAAAAUUUAUAUGAUCAUAUUGCUACUGGAAAGCAAUUAGCUAGACCGAAAGUCUGUCCCAAUGAUAUUUAUGAAUUGAUGAGAGAAUGUUGGAAUUUCGAUCCCGAUAAGAGACCUGCUUUUAUUGAUAUUGCCCACAGAAUACGAAAGUCAAUUACAAUUCCACCUAGCUUAAAACAUGACGAUGUCAAUCAUGAUUAUAUUAAUCUCAGCCAAGGAGGAGCUAGUAAUGCUUAAAAAAUUGGGGAAAAAAUGCUUGUAGCAACGUUCAAAAAUUCUUUUUUUUCCUAUUUACAUAUUUUGUUUUUUUUCUUUAUUUUCAAUUAAAAGAGAGACUACUCUUAAAAGAAAUAUGUUCAGUUUCUUUUUUUAAAUUGAACAGAUACUCAUUCAUUGGUGACUAAGUGAGAAAAAUUUGUUUUAAGAUACUAAAGUAUUUGAAAAGAACGAUCAAACAAUCUUUUUUAUGUAUAUAUAUAUAAAACUAUUCUUCUUGUUUCUUAUUUUUCCUCUUUUCGUUUUAACAUUGAUAAAAUAGACUUUCAAAAGUUUUAUCUCGUGUUUGAUUCUUCUUUAUUUUUCCCGUUUGCAUUUUUUUUUACAUCAACUGUAAAGGAAAAAGCUCCUUUUACUAUUUCUUUGUAUCUGCAAAUAUUCCUCAGUUUUCAAGACACAAAAUUAUGAAUAUAUAUAAAAUUAUAUAUACAUUUAUAUAUAUUUCAUAUAAAAACAUAACUUGUUGUUAUUAAUGUUGUACGUAGUUGAUUAAGAACAUUAUGUUUCCGUUAUAUGUAUUGUAUGUAUAUAUUAAUAUAUACACCAUAUAUGUCCAGAUAAAUUCCUUAUUAUUUUAUAUAUCUAUAUAUUUAUUAAUAAUUAAAUACGUUAAAUAGAUAUUUAUAAUUAUUACUGCAGACAAAAUAGUCAUACGACUUUCCUCGCUUAACUAGCCUCCAGUUCAUCAGGCUGAGCCAUGUUUUUCUUUAAAAACUAUUAAUCAAAUAACUUUAACAACCUUUCAUCCGACUUCUAUUAAUUUCUUACUGUCCAUUACUUAACUUCUAAAGACAAUUCAACAAUUAAACACUUGCAGAUAAAUAUGAAUUUUGUUGAUGAAAGAACUAGAAGGAUAUUUUAAAAAACAGUUUUCAAUUGAUAUCAUUUCUAUAUAUCCAGUACUUGACAUUUAAAAUCUAAAUAUAUGAUGCAAGUUUUAUGACUUAAUUCCAAGGUAACGUUAAAAACAGCUCUAUUAGACAUCAUAACUUUAGUUCAUUGCUAAAAAAUAUCUUUUUUUAGACAAUGAAUGAAGUUCAUCUA